AUGGGCUUUUUAAAGGUAUCGAGGGGCAAUGAGUCGCCCAAGGCAAACGUGGCGCAGGAGGCUUUUGAUUACAUCUUUGAGCAAAUCCCCGUGCCUGCCGAGGGGGAUGUCGAGCGCUUCCUUGAAAUUGGCCACUUUGAGUCGCUAGCCAACGUGACUCACUUAAACCUUGAGGACCUUUCGCUCUAUCUUUUGGCCUUUGCCGUAGACGAGUCCUCCAAGCGGAUUUACAAAAUAUCAGAGAAACACUUUGUGGCGUGGAUGGCGGCGCUCGUCAGCAAGCUGCCCCGCAACGCCGCCCCGCCCACCAAGGAGAACGCGUACGCCCCCUUAUUCGCCGCCGCUCAUGGCGCAAUCGUUGACCUCAACGAUACCAUUCGGAACAGCGAGGAGAAGUGCAGGAGGUUCUACCAGUUUCUGUACAACUGGUGCCUGAAAGGUAACGACGCCUCUGAUCGCGUGGAUAGCGCAAAGGAGCUGUGGUCGUGCUUCUUUUCGGCAACCCCAGUAUCGUUCCCGCCGGAGGAGGCGCGUCACAAGUUCACGGCAUAUGUGUGCUUUCCACGUAUUAAUCAGUGGCUCGACUUCAUCACAGUCCUGAACGAGAAGGCGACAGAGAACACCUCGGGCAAGGUUCCGCUUGAGCAUUCCGGGGUUUCCUUUGACACCUGGACGCAACUGCUGCUGUUUACCCAGUUCGACAACUACGAUGCGUACGACGACGAGGAUUCGUGGCCGGUGACCAUGGACGACUUUGUGGUGUACGUGCGGAAGAUGGACAAGAGCAAGAAAGCGUAG